AAUGUGCGGUCAUGUGCCUCCCACGGUCACGUCAGUGAAAUAGGAACAAGGACAGACUGUAUGGUACUGUGGUAUGAUGGUGUUCAUCUCGUUGGUUAUGCACCAAUAUUUUUGCACAGGAUAGGAACGUUUCUGAUAACUUAUUUUUUUUGUUUACACUGCCAGCGGUGAUUUCACUACUUGGAUAAAUCGGGAUAAAUUUAUUUCGUCCGUUGUUGCUCCAGAUUGAUGCUUUCAUUCACGUGUGUAUGCUGGUGACACUUUUCCAUGGAGAUGCAGGUGGUGCAGCGGGCCAGGGAGACCUUCCUUACCGGGAAGUCGCGACCCCUGGAGUUCAGAGUUCAGCAGCUCAAGUCCCUCCAGAGGAUGAUCACAGACAGACAGGGAGAGAUCGCCACCGCCCUCAAACAGGACAUCAACAGGAGCCAGUACGACACCCCGCUUUUGGAGCUGAUCGGCCUGGAGAAUGAGAUCAGCCUGGCUGUGUCGAAGCUGGAGCAGUGGGCUGCUCCUCGGCCAGUAGAGAAGAGCCUCCUCACCAUCCGAGACCAGGUGUACAUCCAGCCGGAGCCUCUGGGAGUGGUCCUCAUCAUCGGGGCCUGGAACUACCCCUGGGCCCUCACCUUGCAGCCUCUGGUCGGGGCCAUCGCUGCUGGCAAUGCAGCUGUGGUGAAGCCAUCUGAGCUGAGUGAAUACUCAGCUAGUCUCCUCAAAGCUCUGCUCCCACGAUAUCUGGACCAGGAGCUGUACCCUGUAGUGUGUGGGGGCGUCUCAGAGACCCAGGACUUGCUGCGUCAGCGUUUCGACCACAUCUUCUACACAGGGAACAGCACUGUGGGUAAACUGGUGAUGGAAGCAGCAGCCCGACACCUCACCCCCGUGACCCUGGAGCUGGGGGGGAAGAGCCCCUGUUACAUCGAUAAGGACGUCGACCUCAGAGUUGCAUGCCGGCGUAUCACGUGGGGGAAGUUUGUGAACUGCGGUCAGACGUGCAUCGCCCCGGACUACAUCCUGUGUGAACCCAGCAUCCAGAACAGAGUGGUGGAGGGCAUCCGGCAGACACUACUGGAGUUCUAUGGGCCGGACCCCAAAUCCUCCCCUGACUACGGCCGCAUCAUCAACCAGCGCCACUUCAACCGCGUGAUGGCUCUACUGGAUGGCUACACAGCGGCGCUAGGGGGCCAGAGUGACUCAUCACAGCGCUACAUUGCCCCCACGGUGGUGAAGGACGUGCCCCCCCAUGCUAGGCUGAUGCAGGAGGAGAUCUUCGGCCCCCUGUUGCCCAUAGUGACCGUCAGCGACAUAGAUGACGCCAUCCACUUCAUCAGUGAGAGAGAGAAGCCCCUGGCGAUCUACGUCUUCUCCUCCAACAAGAAGGUGAUAAAGCGAAUGCUGGCUGAGACGACCAGUGGCGGGGUGACCGUCAACGACGUCAUGAUGCACUACACCCUCACCUCUCUGCCCUUUGGGGGUGUAGGUCAGAGUGGAACAGGCAGGUAUCAUGGGAAACACACCUUUGACCAGUUAAGCCACCAUCGGGCAUGUCUGGUCAAGUCCCUGGGCAUGGAGGAGGUCAACAUGGUGCGGUACCCACCCCAGAACUUCCAGAACGCUCGCAGGGUCAGGCUGGCCAUGAGGACCCCACUGGUUGACUUCUCUAGGAAAACCUACAUCUGGGCCGUGACGGCCACCGUCUUUGCUUUCGGUCUCUUGGUCACCUUGACUGCCAUCCUGCUAAUUGCUGGUGGCCUGAACUGCACCUGUUGGAGGGUCUGGAAAAUCUGGCGCUAGCCAGUCUGUACCUGUAUUGGCCGACAUACACUAACGUUCAAAAGUUUGGGGUCACUUAGAAAUGUCCUUGUUUAGAAAGAAAAGCACAUUUUAUGUCCAUUAAAAUAACAUCAAAUUGAUCAGAAAUACAACGUAGAUAUUGUUAAUGUUGUCAAUGACUAUUGUAGCUGGAAAUGGCAGAUUUUUAAUGGAAUAUUUACAUAGGCGUACAGAGGCCCAUUAUCAGCAACCAUCACUCCUGUGUUCCAAUGCCACGUUGUGUUAGCUAAUCCAAGUUUAUCAUUUUAAAAGGCUAAUUGAUCAUUAGAAAACCCUUUUGCAAUUAUGUUAGCACAGCUGAAAACUGUUGUUCUGAUUAAAGAAGCAAUAAAACUGGCCUUCUUCAGACUAGCUGAGUAUCUGGAGCAGCAGCAUUUGUGGGUUAGAUUACAGGCUCAAAAUGGGCAGAAACAAAGACCAAACUUUUGAACGGUAGUGUACAUUCAACAAAAGACAUAUCCCCGUGUCUGGUUUCCUUGGCUCUAGAAUAUUGUCUCAUGGCUUUGCGUGUCCAUGUCCAUGUCACUGUGACUAAACACAUAACCUUGGUGGUACAAACCCUCGACUGCUGUUAGUGGUUUUGGCUUUCCACCCCUCGCCUGCUGUCAGUGGUUUUGGCUUUCCACCCCUCGACUGCUGUUAGUGGUUUUGGCUUUCCACCCCUCGACUGCUGUUAGUGGUUUUGGCUUUCCACCCCUCGACUGCUGUUAGUGGUUUUGGCUUUCCACCCCUCGACUGCUGUCAGUGGUUUUGGCUUUCCACCCCUCGACUGCUGUCAGUGGUUUUGGCUUUCCAC